AUGCUUUAAAAUAUUGCUCACUUAAGAAAAAUGCCCUGCCUUCCCACUGAUGGCCCAGAUAAAAUUAAAACCGCCCUUCAGAUCUUUGCCUCCGUAAGAACAGAGUUACGCAACUCAGAAAGGAAAACUGUUUGAGGGAAAUCCAUCACCUCCCACCUGUUCGAAAAGAAUGGUAAAAAUUAAAGGCUGCUCGAGCGGUGUGGAUAAAUGCCAUCGAAGCUGUGCUCCAGCCAGAGAGGGGAACUGGAGAGCGCUCAGGUCAGUGCCCUGCGACCGCCUGGCCACGCUCGCACCUCCCCAUGUCCCGCGGCACGUCGAGCAUUUCACCUGUGCAAAAACGCCCGUGUCCUGCAUCCCGGCUGACAAAGCGAGCGCAUCCCUUCAAGGGGGCUGGCCAGCGCGGCGUUUGUUUACAGCCUCGCUGCAUUUCCAUGGAAACUCUUAAUUGUCAUACCGUGCCAGGCUGAAAUAACAGCCGCCAGGUACCGCACCGAGCAGCCUCCCGAAAUGCGCCCGCGCGGCGCCUCCAGCCCUGACCCCGGCAGCGGCGGGGCCACCAGCCACAACGGCGACCGGCGGCGGCGGCGGCAGCGUCCCGUCCCGGGGCCCGGCCCUCGGCCGCAGGCGAGCCCCGGCGCCUCCACCGCACCCGCCUAAGAUGCGCCGCCCGGCAGCCCGGGGGAUGCGCGCUUCUCCCCGCUCCCGGGGAGCCGCGCUCGCCUCUCCGCGGCCCGGGCCAGAGCUAUGAGUGCCCGCCUCGCUCCGCGCUCCGCACCCGCGCUGCGCACCGCGGCCCUUCCCGCCUACCACCACCGCAACCAUCACCGCCGCCCCGCAGACGCGCGCAGCAGGACUGUAAAAUGGAUUUAGGAUUCAAAGACCGUAACAACAGGACACCUACCAAGAACACCUCGGCUACUACAAAGAAUUUUUCUGCCUGGGAAGAUUAUAAGAGUAGCGUUGAUGACAUACAGUACUUUCUUAUUGGGCUGUACACACUGAUCAGUCUGGCCGGCUUUGUGGGAAAUCUGCUUAUACUAAUGGCUCUCCUAAAGCGCAAGCAGAAGACAAUAAUAAACAUUCUUAUCAGCAACCUGGCCUUUUCUGACAUCUUAGUUGUGCUGUUUUGUUCACCUUUCACACUGACAUCCGUCCUGCUUGACCAAUGGAUGUUUGGCACUAUCAUGUGUCAUGUAAUGCCCUUCCUCCAGUGCGCAUCAGUUCUAGUUUCAACUUUGAUGUUAAUAUCUAUUGCUGCAGUCAGGUACCGUAUGAUCAAAUAUCCCCUUUCUAGCAAUUUAACAGCCAAACAAGGCUAUUUCUUAAUAGUGACCGUUUGGGCCCUUGGCUUUGCCAUUUGCUCCCCUCUGCCAGUUUUCCACAGAAUUGUGGACCUCAGCAAAAUUCUGAAUUUAGAGGCACUGGAGAACAGGCUCCUGUGUAUUGAGUCGUGGCCUUCUGAUUCCUACAGAAUCGCCUUUACAAUAGCCUUAUUGUUCAUGCAGUAUAUAUUGCCGCUGGCCUGCUUAACCGCUAGUCACACCAGCGUCUGCAGGAGCAUAGGUUCCAGACUGUCAAACAAGGAAAGCAAGUUUGAAGAAAAGGAGAUGAUAAACCUAACGCUUCAUCCUUCUAAGAGUACUGGCAUGCAGGUGCAGCCCUCCGGCCGUUCCAGGUGGAGCUGCGCCUUCGGCAGAAAGCACCACAGAAGAUACAGUAAAAAGACUUCAAGUGUGGUGCCAGCUAUUUCAAGGCAUCAUCAGGGUACUCAUUCCAGAGGCCUCCCAGAAACCUCUGGCACAGAAAAAAGCCAGCUCUCUUCCUCCAGUAAAUUCAUCCCUGGGAUACCUAUCUGUUUUGAGAUGAAACCAGAAGAAAAUACAGAGAUCCAGGACAUGAUUACGGUAUCCCAAUCCGUCAUCAGAAUUAAGACAAGAUCUAGGAGAGUUUUUUGCAGACUGACAUUGCUAAUCCUAGUUUUUGGUUUCAGUUGGAUGCCUCUUCACCUUUUCCACAUUGUGACAGAUUUUAAUGCCACUCUCAUUUCUAACAGACAUUUCAAAUUAGUCUAUUGCAUAUGCCAUUUACUAGGUAUGAUGUCCUGCUGCUUGAAUCCCAUCCUCUACGGGUUCCUUAACAACAGCAUAAAAGCCGAUUUAAUGUCCCUUAUUCCAUGCUGCCAAAUACCGUGAUUUUAUGCGCCCCAAGAUAAAAUAAAACAAACAAGUUUGGCUUUCAAGUCUACUGAUGUGUAUAGCUGUAAAAGCUAAAUCAGUUUAGUUUAGUUUAGUUAGUCUGACUUGGUUGUGAUUAGUCGCAUUUCAUGCAAAUGGAUAGUUCUGCGUCUGCGUGUAUUUCUUGCAUUGGGCAGAAAUAUGUACAUAUAAUAUUCUUCUGUCUGUUACACAUAGGAAAUCAUGCCUGGUGUACAAACUCAGAAUUCCAUUUUCAUUACCUGAAAUAUUGGCAAUCUGUACUUUGGAAUUAAACAGAAUAUGUAAUGAGUAAUAAAUGUAAGACUACUUGGACAUAUCAGUAUUAACUGUCAUAAAACUACAAUAAAAU